AUGGAAAACGCAUUUUACGUGUAUACCAAAAAUUUACCUGAUAUGGACAGUCGAACGUUUGUGAAAAUUUUAAAGGACGCUAAAUUGUUAAACAAGAAAUUCACGACAGUUGAUGCUGAUCUUAUAUUUGCCAAAGUGAAGAGCAAAGGAGCAAAAAGAAUUAAUUACGAUCAGUUCUUGGAAGCUGUUAAAUGCAUUGUAGAAAAGAACAAAUUAAAUUAUGAUAAAUUUGUUGAAACACUUUGUCAGGAGGCAUCAAAGGGACCAAUUUUAUACGGAACAAAAACCGAUAAUGUAAGAUUUUUUGACGAUAAAUCAACUUUUACAGGUGUUCAUAAACAAGGAGGUCCAAGUAUAAUUGAUAAAAAUAAAACUCAAUUUUCUGACCUUUCCGAAAUUACAGAUCGUUCAGAAUAUGAUAUAAGGGGUGUUAAAAUGGAUGUGGCAAAAAAUUUUUAA